CGGGAUUUUUUUGUGGUGCGCUUCAGCGUUUGGUUCCCAUUUCAAGUUUUCGCGCUAAAGUUGAUCUUCUACUCUUCUCUGAAAUUCAACGCUUCUCUCGUUCCUUCUUCAAUUUCUCGAGCAAUUUUGUUAGUUAUUUUAAUUCGACCCUUGGACAUUUAUGGUUAAUAUCCGACGGCUGAAAUGAGAUGCAAUGCAUGCUGGCGAGAAUUAGAAGGGCGAGCCAUUUCCACAACCUGUGGUCACCUAUUAUGCACAGAUGAUGCCAAUAAGAUAUUAAGCAAUGAUGGAGCAUGUCCUAUAUGUGAUCAAGUCCUUUCUAAGAGUCUCAUGAAACCUGUGGAUGUCAAUCCCAAUGAUGAAUGGGUCAAUAUGGCCAUGGCAGGAGUAUCUCCUCAGAUAUUAAUGAAAAGUGCAUAUAGAAGUGUGAUGUUCUACAUUGGGCAAAAAGAACUGGAGAUGCAGUUUAAGAUGAACAAGAUUGUUGCUCAAUGCCGGCAGAAAUGUGAGAUGAUGCAAGAGAAGUUUACAGAAAAACUAGAGCAGGUGCACACUGCUUACCAAAAGAUGGCUAAGAAGUGUCAGAUUAUGCAACAGGAAAUUGAGAGCUUAACCAAGGACAAUCAAGAACUUCAGGAAAAAUUUGCUGAAAAAUCCAGGCAGAAGAGAAAAUUGGAUGAAAUGUAUGACCAGCUGAGGAAUGAGUUUGACUCAGUGAAGCGAUCUGCCAUACAGCCUGCAAACAACUAUUAUUCCAGAAAUGAGCACGACUUGUUCUCUAACCCGCCGAACAUGAUUGAUGACAGAGAAAUUGGUAGAAAAGGUGGGCCGGUAUUCACUCCUGCCACUCCAGGACCAAGAGAUGAUGUCUGGCCAGGAAGGCAGAAUAGCAAUAACUCCGGUCCCUUUGACCUCUCCGUUGUCUCACCGGCAAAACAAACGGCCAUCGCAGGGGACGCUGGUAACAGAAGGGCUGGUGCUCAUCCUUUUGGACCAGGUGCUACUAAUAAUCCAUCCAUGACUUUGAGGAACAUGAUACUAUCUCCAAUAAAGAGGCCUCAACUCUCACGUAACCGCCCUCAAUUAUUCACGUAA